UAGACUGAUUAGACUUUUACAGGCUACAGCUGACUGUGACCGGAUGAAAUUUAUAUAUCUUAAAACAACUAGAACAGCGACAGGUACAUUAAUGAUUAAUCUUUAGUAAAUGUUCACACCUUGAAUGUGGAAAUGGUGCUUUUCACAAGACUGCUUCAGCAGCUGUAAUGCUACUUCCAUGCAAAAAAGAAACAAAAAACACAACACUUGGUAUGGUUCCCUGUUCUUACACCUGACCAUCUCUUGCUGUCCAUAUUCAUGGUAAUGCUACCUCAAGAUGGCUACAAGUAUUAGAUUAUACAAGAUUGUAACUACUCUGCUGUCUAGUCAAAUGUUUGGAGAACUCUACAGAAAGAACUGCACACUCAGUAUUUUGUUAUUUUGGUUUUGAGAUUAAAUAACAGUGAAGAUAAGAAUUGGAGUCAACAAGUUAGUAAGUUAAACUUUGAAAUUUACCUUCUGGUCUGUUCAAAAUGGCAUCAAGUUGUUUAGACUUAAGAGCAAAUGGGAGUUCAUAUGUUGGUACAAUCACAAGAGAAGAAGCUAUUCAGUAUUGGCGGUCCCACAGGCGCACCAAGAGUGCAGGAAGCAGCACAUCACGAGAUCUCUCUCUUUACACCAGCAUGGGUCUUUACAGUCAUCAUGUCAACACUCGUAUGGUCAAGACAGAAACUGUAAUUGGUGAUUUCAUGUCGCAUUACAAAAUUACUGACUCUUCAAAUGCUAUCACACAUGAAGUCAUUAAACUUUCCGAAAAAACUGAACACCUUUCUUUAGAGCUGAGGGGUGAAGGUGACCCACUUGAGAGAGAAUGUGGCAUUUUAAACCUCCGUCCACAUUGCUUGCAGCCAUUUGCUAGAAUUCGUGUUUUUAUCUUCUUGUCUUGUGUUCUAGUUACUGUGCAACAGGCUCUUUCUUCUGGAUAUUUUAACAGGUGAGUAUAAUAUAAAAUGUGAUUUGUAUGUAACUCUAACACAUUUAGUUAAAAUGUAAUAACUAUUUGAUGUCUCUUUAGUGCAGGAACACAGCAUCUGUUUUCUAGUUUAGUGUGGGAA